UCUGUUUUUACGAAACAUGGAGUAGAGUUGCUGAUGCCUGCGCUUUGCACCUCGUUCAUUUCGCAGGACAAUCGUCGACUCACGAUACUAAAGGCGCUCAUUGCCCAUCUCACAUUGCCUUUGUCUCCCACUUUCAUUGCCCUCGUCUGUCUCGUCUCCUGCCCCUAUCCCGUUGCAGCGCAGCAGACACGUAUAGCUGCCUCUCGCUGCCGUGAUGACGAGUCUUUCCAUGUAUGCAAUCUAGAUACCCGGAUUGUGAUCCCGCUGCUUUGGACUGCCGCAGUCAUAAUUCAAUCUGUGCGAGAGGAUGCGUUGCGAAUCAGCUGCGGUGCUUGUCUGUUCGUGAAAGGUGCAACUUGAGGCGGUUGAUGCGGACAAAAUGGCUUGUCGAGUUCAGACUGGAGCCGUAAACCCACACUAUUACGGCCUUCGCAGCUUCCGAAAGUGAAGGUGGGGUUGAUAACGGUUCUGACCGCUACAAGUUACCUAAGCCCCAUAAAAACGGC